AUGGCAUGCUGGCCCGGGUACGCGCUCGGCGUCCGCGAGACGUGCUUCCGCCCAAGCUCGAGCUCCGACGCCGACGUGGAUGCAGCGCUGGACGCUGCGGAAGAGAAGCUGCAGCAGUACAUGGAGGCGCUCGUGGGGCGAAAGGCGCCGGCGCCAUGGGGCCUCGCCUGCAAGGAGGCGACCGGCCAGCGGGCAAGCCGCGAGCCAGCGUCGCCACUGCGCAGUGUGCAAGACGACCCCAUCGAGGUGGAAGGCAACGACGAAGAGGAAGUGCUCGCAUUGGAGCUCGAUGACGACGACGACGAGGAAGACGAGGACAUGGAGAUUGAGCUGGAGGACGACGAGAUCGCGCCGACGCCGGACCGGCGCCACUUUAUGAUGGCCGACGACGACGACACCCACGAUACGUUCGAUGCGAGCUUCGAUGCCAUUGGCACCACGAGCAGCGCCCAGCGCACGAUCCAGUUCUUCCCUUCGCCGAUCAUCGAGACGCACCGCGCCAGCACCCGCGAGCGACGGUCGACGCCGCUGUUCAGCGACGCGAGCCCCGUCGUUCCAUAUCCUCGAACGAUCCCCGAGCCCAUGUCCACGGGCAGCCACAUGUCGCUUCAGAUGGACGACCCGGACACGAGCCGCAUGUCCUUGGACUGGGACUCGAGCCUGCGCUAAGAUCUCAAUUUGGCAUUAUUUAUUACGAGUGUAAUGGACGC